AUGGCUGCCCUCAGACCCCUUGUGAAACCCAAGACUGUCAAAAAGAGGACCAAGAAGUUCAUCUGGCCCCAGUCAGACCUAUAUGUCAAAAUUAGGUGGAAUGGGUGGAAACGGAGAGGUGUUGACAAUAGGGUACGCAAAAGAUUCAAGGGCCAGAUCUUGAUGCUCAGUAUAAGUUACGGGAGCAAUGAGAAAACAAAGCCCAUGCUGCUCAGUGGCUUUGGGAAGUUCCUGGUCCACAACGUCAAGGAGCUUAAAGUGCUGCUGAUGUGCAACAAAUCUUACUGUGCCAGGGUUGCGCACAACGUCUCCUCACAGAACUGCAAAGCCAUUGUGUAA